AUGGCUACCGUCAACGCAAACAUGUUCAACGCGGGUGUCCGUGCUGACACUCCUCCGCAGCCGCGGUCCUUGAUGGCCCUCCCGCUCAACCUUGUAGCUUUGAUCCUGUCAUAUCUUGAUGAUGUUGGCGACCUUUCUCGGCUGUGUCGGACGUGUCGCGUCUUGAAUUAUAUGACCCUGCCGCAACUGUAUAAAAACAUCACUUUGACCUCGUACGAUAAGAUUCGCUAUCGCGAUGAUCUGCCAGAGGGAUGUGGCAGCGCCAGCCCUUUUUCGAUGGGGCUGAAUGCGAUUGUCACGAGGAAUGUCGCGUCGCUGGUUCGCUCUCUGACAAUGCGGGGAGAGUGGAGGGAGGAUGGACUGGAUGAGCACGCGAGAGUGGGGAGAGUCACCGAUUCCUCGAUGAUGCUGAAUAUCGCGGUUCGAGCGGCGAUAGAUAAGAUGACUGGAUUGGAAAAGUUCAGUUGGGAACUCAAUACGAAAAUGCUGGAGACGGCAUAUAUUGGCCUUUCGCAAUUACCUAGACUGACCUCUUUAACUGUUCGAUUUCCAUCGAGUCGCCAUCCUCGUCCCACUACCGUUAUCCCUGGCAUGCCUCAGCUUCGUUCGCUCAAAAUCACUGACAUAGAUCCUCUCUGCUAUCCGGACGACAUAUCGACGUUGUUGUUACACAGCAGGAAGCUGCGAGAGCUCAAAAUGCAUUGGUCACCACGAAUGAGAGAGGCUCAAGAGCCUAGUGUGACCCUGCACGACUACUUUCGCAAAUGCAUCGCGGCGAAGUCGCCUCUGCGCCUCAGGAAAAUAGCGCUCCAGAAUUUCUACGCAUUGCAUACCGAUGACUUUGAGACCGCCUUAGAUCCCGAUAUGCUUGAAGAUGUCACCACGUUGAAUAGCCCCGGUGUGUAUGAUCCGUCUCUGGCCGGAAUGACAUUCGUGGAGAGUAGUUGGCCCCCGCCGAAGUGCCCUGGCAUUAGGAGUCUGCGUCAUGAUCGCAUAGAAAGAAAAGGUUGUGAGUUCCUGGCUAGUCUGGAGAAUUUGGAGAGAUUAUAUUUCGUGACACCGAUUCUGGACGCCUCCGAUUCCGUUAAUAGCCCGCGACCUGCCGGCUCAGCGCAAUCCUCGGCUUCUAUGAGUCCCCCUUCGACCACAGAUCCCAACUCCGCUACUGCAAACGGUAUCUCCUCGGUAUCCCAGGCAGCGCCACUGCCCGUUCAACCAACCAAUCUCGCAGCCAGCAUUUCUCUUCGUGAUGCAUAUAUCCACACUAUCGCUACUGUGAACGGGCCGAGGCUACGUCAUCUCCUGCUUUCUUCACGAUGGUCUCUCCCCGGCCCUCUAAUCGCUCGCUUGGUUCGCUCUUGUCCCAAUUUAGAGCAGCUCGCUCUAGCUACUGAUAUAUCUAGCUUUGAAACCCUGGGUCUGCUAAUACCAUUCUUGCGGAAGCUGCUUGCUAUCCGUUUGCUCAUCCCAACUGGCCCUGCAUACUCAACACCCAGCCCUAUAAGGCCGCAGGGAAAGGAUACUGGUAUCAACGCCCCGUUUCCGACUGCCAAUGGAUCGAGUGCGGAUUCUUUAAAUGCAAGAUCACUGUCGGAGAUUGUAGAUCUAGAUGACCGGAUUUUCAAUGAGGCAAUGGGAGCUCGACUAGCCGAUAAGGAAAUCUUUAGCACGCUAAAAAUUAUUGGAUUAGGGUGGAAAGCCUGGGAACUGGGCGAAUUCUAUUCAAUCCCGGUGACAGAGGGAGUAAGUCCGUAUGAAUGGACUUCUCUGUCAAAUACAACGGAUGCGGGUAAUGGCGCCGUAUCUAGCCUCGCGGCGAAUGCAGAGCCUCCGCAUACCAGGCCCAAUAAUCCUCUCCCGCCAACUAUAGAACCAUGCGGGCCAAAUGCACAGUUAGGACGCCAUUGGAAUUCUAAGCAAACGCAAGCGACACCGGCACCUGCCACGAAUACCGUCCUAGGAAAACGCAAGCAACGUCCAUGUUCCCAACCCGCGCUACCAGUCAUCCCACCGGACGCAGCGUCCUAUCCGACUCUAAACAAUAGCCAAAGGGGCUCCACAUCGUCUCACGCCAUAGUUCCACAGGAUACAGCGAGCCUGCUGGAAGACCUCGGAGCCCAACUCUCCGAGGAUACGAGGUCGAGGCUCAUGCAGUGCGUUCAAGAGCCAACUACGUCUUCAUCCGGAGGCGAGAGUGUCCUAUGGAGACGGAAAGUGCGGCGAGUAGGAUGGGAAGUCCUGAAACACUGGGAAAUAUGGGGUUUGGAUUCGCAAGAGAUAUGA